AACAUGAAAUUGGCCAGAUGGAUAUACAAUGGGCAACGGUCAGAGUCAAGCCUGGACGUCUCCCGUCCAGGCUUUCUCUCUUGGACCCUCAAAACAUGUCAUUCGUUGAUCUCCUCACCAUGUAUGAACAUGUUCAUGAGCAACAGAUUCGGCACGGCGAUGAGUUUAGCUUCUUCGAAAGCAGCGAUCAUUUACAGGCGAAUCCUGAGACGUUGGUAAACACUGCUUAGCCUGCGUCGGCGGCCGUUCCCCUUCCCUGCACCGCCCUCGAUUCCCGGCCUGUAGAAGACUCAAUUGCACUGAGAGACCGUCAACAGUCUUCGAAUGAUCGAGCGUUCUCGCCUUUGGAUGAGGAUUUUGAACAUCAUCACUAUUCAUCCGUGCCUCCCGAACCUCUAACCCCCCCCCCUCCUAGUUCGGACGAUGAAUUCGACGCUCUUCAACACCAUGAGGUGCCAGUGGCAACGCAUAUACUGCCUGUUGGGCAGAAGGUCAACGCGCACCCUCUUCAGAAAGGCCGCAAGAAGCCAAAGGCAACAC